AUGUCUACUGAAUUGAAAGCAAAGGAGAUUUUCAACAAUUUCGCAACAGUUGGAAAGAACCAAGAAAAAGUAUUGACUUUGCCUGAUUUCAUCAAUGUUUUAUCACCAUUUCAAACUGACAUCCCCAGGUCAGCAUUUUCGCUCUUGUAUCUAGUUGCUGAUUCCGAAAAGAAGGGCUUUGUCACCGAGGCUAACUGGCUACACUUUAUCAAAACCUUGACUUCAACCGAUGGAGAAUACAAGUUGUUGUACGAAUUUUUAUCCUCGAGCAAAGAUGUCAACUCAAAAAUCACCUACCAUCAAUGUGUCGAUAUUUUGAACAAAAUCAACUCGUCCAUAGACCCACAGUACCAGCAAAAGUUAAUCAAAUUGAACUGGAUCUACUUCCCCAAGUUUUUCGAACCCAAGGGAGAAAUUGGCUUCAAUGACUUUGUCACUUUAAUCAGUUUCUUACCUGUCACCAAGUUGAUUGGAAAUUUUGAAGUUGCCGCUGGUAGAAACAAGACAAUUUCAGGCGAAGAUUUGGUUAGAAUAUUGACAAACACAUUUAACCAUAAAUUGUCAGACAAGUUGAAAAAAAACUUGCCAAACAUUACUGGGUUCUUUGGCAAUCAGAAGGAGUACUCAUUAUCCAAUGUCUUGUUCAUUUAUGAUACAUUGAGCAAAGUGGAUAUCAUCAAUGAAGUCAUUGCAAAUACCCCGCCAACAACAAAGGACAAGGCCGAUAUCAUCAUCAACAAGAAGGACUUGUACAACCACUUGAACGACCCACUCUUAAAAUCGGCCAACUUUAGACAAAUCUCCAACUUGUCGUUGGAUUUGAUCUACUAUUUGAUCAACCAAGAAAGCGACGACAACAUCCCACGUAAGCAGAUGAUGGCAUUCUUGAACCCCAACGUUAGCAAUAACGCCAAUUCACUAGUUCAAAUAUUCGAGCACCCACAAAGUCGCUAUUCAACUCACGAACCAAGCGACAAUUUCUCCUUGUGGCCAAUUUACGACUCGUUGUACUCAUUUUUCCUCGGUUCUAUUGCCGGGUGUAUUGGUGCCACUGCUGUUUACCCCAUUGAUUUGGUCAAAACUAGAAUGCAAGCUCAAAAGCACAAGGCGUUGUAUGACAACUCAUUGGACUGUUUCAAGAAAAUCUUGAGAAAGGAAGGUUUCAAAGGGUUGUAUUCAGGGUUGGCUGCUCAGUUGGUGGGUGUUGCUCCAGAAAAGGCCAUCAAGUUGACAGUUAAUGAUUUGGUGCGUAAAAUUGGUACACAAGAAGAUGGGUCGAUUACCAUGAAUUGGGAAAUCUUGGCUGGUAUGUCUGCUGGUGCAUGUCAAGUCAUCUUUACCAACCCAUUGGAAAUUGUCAAGAUUAGAUUGCAAAUGCAAGGUAAUACCAAAAACUUGUCGCAACCUGGUGAAAUACCAAUCAAGCACAUGACUGCUAGUCAAAUUGUUAGACAGUUGGGUCUUAGAGGUUUAUACAAAGGUGCAAGCGCAUGUCUUUUAAGAGAUGUCCCCUUUUCAGCAAUUUAUUUCCCAACCUACGCCAACUUGAAAAAGUACAUGUUUGGUUUUGACCCCCACGAUGCCACCAAGAAGCAGAAAUUGUCAACUUGGCAAUUGUUGGUAUCUGGUGCUUUGGCUGGUGCCCCAGCUGCAUUUUUCACCACUCCAGCUGAUGUGAUAAAGACAAGAUUACAAGUUGCCGGUAAAAAGAAUGACAUCAAGUACAAGGGUAUCCUCGAUUGUGGUGCUUCAAUCUUGAAACAAGAAGGUUUCUCUGCAUUUUUCAAAGGUUCAUUGGCAAGGGUGUUUAGGUCAUCGCCGCAGUUUGGUUUCACUUUAGCUUCGUAUGAGUUAUUGCAAAGCUUGUUCCCAUUAACCCCACCAAUCACAAGAGAAUCCAACUUUAAAGCAAUCAGCGGCUACCCUGGUGUUUACAACUUGACCAAUGAUCAAGUCUACAACUCACAAGAAAAAGGUGACAGAUUAAUCUAUCUCAACAAGUCAGCUAUUGACCCAUCUGUCAGCAAAGAGCAAGAUGCAUUGGUCAAGUUGCCCGCUGACUAUACUUACAAGUCAUAUGACGCUAUGACCUUGUUUAUGGAUAUUGAUUACAAAUUCGGAAAAUUCGAUUACAAUUCGUACUUGAAUUAUAUCCAGAAGAAGUAA